UCUGGUAAUUGCUUGGAAACAAGUACACAACUUGUUCAAAGUCUACACACACAAAAUGGGCAUAAAGAAGAAGAAAGGGGGCAAAAAGAAGAAGGCGUCAAAAGCUUCUGGCUCCGAGAAACAUGAAGACACGCCGAGAGCUGCCGACCAGGACACCCUCAUGUCCAUGUCCCAGGGGACCAGCAUGGCGGCGUCACCCUCGGGCAAAGACAAGAAGAAAGGCAAGAAGAAAAAACUCAAAAAAGAUGAAAAGGUCCAGGAAAAACUAGAAAAAGCUAUUCGAAAACUAAAGGAAAACCCCGUGUACUUCCACAGUUUCUUGGGUCGGAUGGACCGAUGGCUUGUGGGAGUUGCGCCGACAGUAGUGGAAAUCUUUAAACAGCUGGAUCAAGACGGAGAAGGUGUCGUGUCAUAUGAUGACUUUAAAGCAGGAAUGUGCGAUUUAAAUGUUCCACUCAACAAGAUAGAACUACAUCUGUUUACCACUCUACUGGACAAAGAUAACGCGGGGGAAGUCUGCUACAUGGACCUUACAAAAGGCCUGCAAUAUACCAAAGAGAUUGAGGACGUGGAGUUGGAUGGGUUAGAACAAGAGGACACGCUGAUUCUCACAGAACGCAACUUUGAGACUUGUUCUCACUGUAAGAUGCUGAUCGAUGGACCAUACAAAGAGAAAAACCCAAAAUUUAUUUUAUUAACAUUACGACUGGUGACAUUCGACAACAUGAAGAACCACCCGGGCCACAUCACUGUGCUCGUGCACACCCACAUCCCCGUGUUUGGACUCAUCCAGAUCAUCGUGCAGCAGACGAGCAUUCUCUCCAAUAAACUGGCGGUAUUUUCCGACAAAACCCGAAGCAAAGAUUGUCGGCUGCCGCCGGAAAAUACUCUUGAAGAGUACGGUUUUCGUGGCGGCCGGCGCGAAGAUCCGGAGGAAGCCCUUCUAUAUUAUGACUAUACUGUUGAGUUCAAUGACUGUCCCCUGUUGCUUUGUGAUCAUUACUUUGGGCAGAACGUCAAAGUGUGAUAUACUGUUAAAACACCUUUGUACUUCUGUACAUUGUCAGCACUUGUUUCCAGUUAGGCUAAAUCUGAACGACAUGUGAUUCACAUUUCACGAUAUAUUGAGACCGAUGUACUAUAAGCUACGAUUACGGGGGGUGGGGGCAGGAUCAAAUCCUCAAUAUUCGGGCAAAUAAAAACGACAGAGAUAUUCUGGCAAAAUAAGCUGGUCUUAAGCCUUUUCACCAUGUAUUUUCAUCAUUGUACCCACACAAUUAGUUGUAAUCAUCAAUGUAUAAAUGCGUAGUGCUUCGUUGGUCAAUCUGGUUGACAGUAAUACUAAUAUGAAUAAAUUAUGUUAUCCAGA